AUGGAGAGUGUCUACCACUUUGAUAGUGGGCUGCAUCUGUGGCAGGUCCAGCAAACAGGGACGGACCUUGCAGGCCAUGGCCCCUGUGCCAGCGGAAGUGCAGCUUUGAUGGAGGGGAACAGCUACAUGUUUGUUGAGAUCAUAAGACACAACGAUAGCGUCCACUUUGUGGAAGAGCUCCAGUACACAGAGGGCCUUGAUUGGAGGAGCCCAGGUGUGCAGAUUCUUGCACUGCUGACCACGGGUCAUAUCUAUGGUGGCUAUCGCGAAGCGCUGCGCGAGGUGAGCAAGGUCCAUGAGACCGCAGGAUUGGUGUUAGAGGCCGGCUUUGUGUGGGUUUAUGUGGACGGUCAGAUGGUGUACUGCCGAAAGGAUUCCUCUCCUGUGAAGCCGCGUCUUCUAGCACGUGUCCAUGGCUUUGGACAUCUUCGUUUGAUUCGGCCGCCUCCUUUGUCGCCCUGUGCACUCGGCUGGUGUGGCGUUGCGAAUGGACAUAUCACGCUGUGUUGGGGAGGCCAGGAGGAGCCACGACCUUCGCCGGAGCUCUUCCAAGGACCCGCUCUUCGUUUUGAGGUCGCCAGACGCUGGGCUGGGGGUGGCGGCUACGAUCUCAUCGGUUCGCGUCAGGUGGAGGAUUGCGUGGACCAGAGGCGUUUUCCCAAGCGAAACGAUGGAGGACAUCCCGGCUCUUCGCUUUGGUGGCAUUGCACCGGUGGGGACCUUGAAGAGUUCAUCGGUAAAGAGUUGCCGGGACUAUUCGACGGGAGCACUCUGCUUCCAUUCUAA